GUGAAUGACCGCGUUUAAGGUCGCUUUGACACAGGCGACCCAGUUCAAAUCGACCUGUCUUUUUACGCUAGGUUCUCUGCGCUAUGUAAAAGAUAUAUUGAGUUUUGUACGGGAACCAGGCAGUACGUUCCGUCUGUCCGUUAAUAGUACAUAUUGUCAUAAUAAUAGUGUAUAUACAUAAGUGAACAAAAGUAAAAGUUAAAGAGCAGCAGUUUUAUUGAUAUUAAAGGAUAUAUAUCACUCUCAGACAUGUAAGGUAAUGCAAAGAGAUUUUUAUUUUGAAGCUUCAGCAAAGAAUUUGUUCAAGCAAGCAACUUAAACUCAGGACUUUGUAAAUGUUUGUUAGUCAUGGUUGCUGGAACACUUUUUAACAUUCAAACUGCGAUGUCUGACAAGCCGAAGAAAAAAGAAAAAUACGGCUCAGGCAACAACGAACACAUUUUAUGUCGCGUUUGUGGGGACAAAUCUUCUGGUUUUCAUUAUGGAGUUUUCUCUUGUGAGGGAUGUAAGGGAUUCUUCAGACGAACUGUGCGACAGAAGAUGGAAUACAAGGCAUGCGAGAACCCCAAGGGAUGUCUCAUCAUGAGAAUAAGUAGGAAUAGGUGUCAGUAUUGUCGACUUCAGAAAUGUAUAGCCGUCGGCAUGUCUCAUGAAGCUGUUCGACUUGGAAGAUGUCCGAAGAAGGACCGACCUUCGAAGACGAGUUUUAUGUACAUGCCAAGGGACUCGACAACAGAGUUGGACCGACAAGUUCGGACGGAACAGAUGGUGCUCACCGUGCAUGCAGCAUUUAGGAAGGCAUGUGAAGACUUUGAUGAUUUUGCUGCCUUAUUCAGUGAUAAAAAUAUUAUCAUUCAAGAAAAGACAGACGCAAAGCAUUUGUAUCUCCGUUACUUACCAGGCACAGUUCGAUUUAUAACGGCAUUCGCAAAAGAGAUUCCAUUAUUCAAAUCUUUAACUGAACACGACCAAAGACUACUUAUAAAAAGUGGAAUAUUAGAAAUUUCUACUAUCAACGAUUCCUUAUACAUGGAGCUAGAGGACAAUGCUCUUAUAAACAGAAAACUGAACAUGACUGUAUCAAAGGACAGACUUAAGGAAAUUGGACUUUUAGGGAGUAUGUUCACUGAUAUAUGUAACGUUAUGGGCAAAUUAAGAAAAUUGAAUUUCACUGAUGUAGAACUGUCUCUACUUUCAGCGAUUGUACUAUUUUGUCCAGAUCGAGAGGGCCUUGCUCACAAUGUCGGGCUAGAAACCAUGGAGACAGAUUUAAGUAUUGCUUUGAAAUGUCAAUUGAUUUUAAGCCAUGGAGACGGCACUAUUAUAUUUGCUAAAGCUGUAGAAAUUCUGUGUGAAUUACGAAUGAUCUCUACUGUAUACCUAGACGAUAUUCUCAAUUCUCAAGUAGAAAUUGACUGUGACUCAUCCACUUGAUUUGACACACUUUGUGCAAUUGUUAAAACAACUAUUUGUCGUAACGCACGAAACACAAAAAGGACCAAAAACAAAAGUUAUAUAUAAUGACCAGUGAACUGAGUAUUGAUUACAGUACGGACAGGUACAUGGAUUUUAAAGUCAUAUAAAACAGUGGUUCAGAGUGAGCUAUUGUGAUGGUGCUUUCUCUGUCGUUCAUCAUCUGUCGUAGCGUUUUACUUAACUCGACUUUCCGUCAUGAACCAUAUGAUCGAUCUUCAUCAAACUUGUUCAGAAAAAUCCAUGUAUUGAUCGCUCUCAGAUUUGUUUAAACGGUUCCGCUUGGUCCCAUUAGGGGUCGCCGGAGAUAUAAGUAUAUAUAUAAAAAAACAUUUAAAAAAAUUAAAAAUGGAUCGUCACUGAAUCUUUGUAAGAACCUUCAUUAAGACCUGUUUAAAGGUGGAACUAAAAACAGAAAACCUUUAAGACGCUUCUUCUUAUGAAUCACAUGAUGGAUCUUCAUAAGCAACCAUGCAUUGACGUCUAUCAAGUCUGUUCAAAUGGUCUUGCUUUGUCUCUUUCAGUCAGGGGUCGCUAGAACUAGAAAUAGAGAAUCAUUAAAUUGAACCACUUCCCCUCCUGAUUCGCUUGAUAGAUGAACACUAAACUUGGUAUGCAUCAUUCUUACGGUCCUCUCUUAAGCUGAGUUAAAUGAUUCUACCUUGCACUCUAUUAGGGGCUGCCAGAACAACCUUUAUACGACCUUUUUACGACUCACUUGAUGAAUCUUCAGCAUUAUAGGUGUGUGGUAUACUUUCAAGGUUCUCCUUCUCAUGUGUGCAAAUGCAUCUGUUUGGUCCAUUUUUUGGGGCCGCAUGGGAAUCUUUAAACGACUUCUUCACAAGAACUACAUGCUGGAUGAUUAUCAAACAUGGUCUGCAGAGUCUUUAAUCAUAAGAUCCUCUCUCAAGUUUGUUCAAAUAACAUGAUUUGAGGCCACCAGAGUUAAAAGUAGAAUUUUAAAUCUUUAAAUGGACUUUUCCUUAUGAACCACAUGAUGAAUCUUCACCAGUUUUGACUUGCAUCAUUAUUUAAACGUCUUCUGUCAAGUUUGUUCAAAUUGCUUUGCUUAAGGAGCUAAAACAGAUAGACUUUUUAAUUACCACCUCUAAACAACCAUUUGAUGAAUCUUCAUAAAACUUGAUCUGCAGCAUCCAUGUAUAGUCCUCUUCCUGAUAUAUAUUCAUAUCGUUCUUUGGGAUUCCUUGUAGGAGCAACCAGAAUUAAAAAUAAAAAAUGAAACUUUGAGCAACGGCAUUAUGUAUAUUGGCCAAAAUUAGUGUACGGCAUGCGUGUAUGACCUUUUACCUUUUUUUUUUAUUUAAAUGGUCUUGCUUGACCCCAUGUAAAGGCCUUAAGAGCGAAAAAUAGGGGCACCUUCUAAUUUAGGAUUCCAUCAUCUUUCUGUAGACCAAAGGUUAUUCAGAACUUUAUUUCCUGUUUUGAGUAUUUAUGCUGUAUUGCUAUCAUAUUAUUGAUAGGGUCACAGUUUAUAAGCCUGGUGUCUGGUGUGGGACAUAUGUUGUAUAUUAUGCUAAAAACAAGUGUUCCCCAUUCAUGAUACAAUGUUUCAUUGCAUAUACUAGUAUUCGAGGUAAAAGAUCAAGUCAGGUGAGCGAUUGAAGAUCAUCAUGUUCUUGUUCAGAACUUUUGUAUUCCAGGUGAUAUUAGAAUGUCUUGUACAUGUAUGAGUUAUCUUUUUAAAAAGUGAUGCAAGUCUUUGAAAACGAACUUGUAACACUGAAAUAUAGUAUCGUACAUAGAUAAUGGAAGUUAUAAAUUGACAGUUAUUACAAUGUACUAGUAUUCCUAAAAUGAAAAUAAACGUCAGCGAUGAA